AUGCAGCUCGUACCAGACUCUCUGCCUCUCUCCUCACAAUCAGACUCUCAAUCAGCUUCACCCGCCACCAUGGACCGCCGCCACUACCUUGGCCGUCACGGACAUCGCGCUGACCCCUCCCCAAGUGCUCCAAGUGCAAGCCCCUCCCCAAGUGCUCAAGCCCGUCAUGAUCGUGCGGUCAUGGCUUCAGUUGUCACAGCCUUCAAGAUAAAUUAUCUCGGCCCCGCCUACAACCUGCCCAAACCUUACCUUGACGAGGAGACAUUGCAGACAUUUGGAAUCACCAUCGCGGGUCUGAGCCUAACCUCCGGUAAACCUACCCAUGGAAGAGUCGCUGUGCUUGAGCCCAUUCCUCACGAUCAGAUGGAGAAAUGGAUCACCCUGACCGGCACCAAGACUGUGGACAGUGAUGUAGCCAACCUUGUCCACUUUCCUGACCAUUGCCUCAACCACAAUCACGACGAGGCGGAUGCUCUUUUCCGUACUAUUGGGUACUAUCUUAACGAUAAUAUCUUGGGGUUUUUCCGUCCCAAUAUCGUGCGUGAUUUCACCUGCUGGGAACACUUCCCGAACGAGAAUACCUUUCUUCAGAAAGUCUCGCACAAUGACUGGUAUGUGCACGGAAUCAUGAGAUAUUGCAAGGUGAAGAGACCCCCUGCUCUCGACACUCGUUUCCCACACAACACAUCAUUCGUUUCGGAUCGCAAUCCGCUUAAAGACGGCAUCUUAUCAAAGAGUGAGCUUGUCGCAAUCCUGGGUUUGGCAUUCAUCUUUGCCAGUGGCGCCCUCGAAAGGGACGACUUACCCUUUAUCGUUCCGGUCACAAUAGUUUCGGCAUCUUGGAGAAGUUGCCGUGUAGUACAAGGGGUGGUUGACUUAACUGCUAAGCCGAAGCCCUUGAUUGACAUUCGGAUGUCUCGCAUUGUCAGCUUCCAAAAGGGUGUCAAAACACCGGAGGCCUGGCCCGAAAUGGUCAAGUUGUUGUCUAUUAUUGUUGCUAAGCCAAUCCCUGUCUCUUGA